ACCCUGUUAUGUCAUUUACUCGUUUAGACGAGGUUGGGGAAAACCGCUCUAGAACCAAACCCAACCACCCGGUUGCUGGUAGUUCAACAAGGGCGUGUUUGCCAAAUUCUGUUUUCCCGUCAAAACCAUGCUUCGGCUUCAACUUCCGCUUCAGCGGCAGCUUAUGCUCGACUGCCGUGGCUUCGUACCCUUGGCCACGCCGCCACUCUCAAGACCUCCGCUAAAUCCACUCUCCUGGAAGCUUCCCUUUUAUUUCACUCCUACUUCUUCGUCUUCUUGCUGCCUCACGCCCAAAAUUUCACUUCCACUUCGAACUUCCCGGUCUCGUGUCUUCUACAAUUUGAAGGAUUCAGAUAUUACAUCAAAGCUGGAGCUUGGGAACCCCAUUGAGAAGAAUAAACCAGAGAAGCGUGUGAAUGGAAUUUUCUGGAUUCUACUCAUAAACCUUGGGAUAUUCGUUGCAGAUCACAUUUUCCAGGUUGGGGGCAUAAAAACAUUGUAUUUAUACCAUAAUCAUCCUUCUUGGUACCAGUUUGUGACUGCCACAUUCUGUCAUUUUAACUGGAACCAUUUAUCAAGCAACCUCUUCUUCUUGUAUAUUUUUGGAAAACUUGUUGAAGAGGAAGAAGGAAACCUUGCAUUAUGGUUUUCUUAUCUGUUAACUGGGGCUGGGGCGAACCUUGUUUCAUGGCUAGUUCUUCCUAGAAAUGCAGUUUCUAUUGGGGCAUCUGGUGCAGUGUAUGGACUGUUCGCAAUUAGUGUACUUGUUAAGAUUUCUUGGGACUGGAGGAGGAUUCUUGAAACACUUAUCUUGGGUCAGUUUGUUGUGGAAAGGGUGAUGGAAGCUGCCCAAGCUUCAACAGUAUUGCCAGGCAGUUUUAGUGGAAGUUAUGCGCUGCAGAGCAUCAAUCACAUUGCACAUCUAUCAGGUGCAUUAAUUGGUGUAGCUUUAAUAUGCCUUCUAAGUCGAAUACCUUCACAACCAUCUGAAACAAACAAGGGGAAGAACAUGCGCUGACUGUUUCUUAAAAACUGGGUUUGCAUAGAUGGGUAUGAAAGCAUGUUGACUUCUACAUUUUUCAUCCCUUGCUGUCUCAUUCACUUCAUAAAUUCUGGAUCAGUAAUGCUCAUUGCUCAAUAUCGGGACAGGCAAAGACAUUACUAAUAUGAAUAUCAUGUUGAAAACCAUGGAGCCAGCAGUCAGGUCUUUUCCUUUUGAUGUGGAGUUGUAGUGCUCACCAAUGUCAAGGUAAGCUGAAAAUAGAUUUGGAGGUUACAAAAUGAAAUCUAUGUUAACUUUAGGAUUGUAUAUUUUGUGUUGAACAUUAAACACUUGUUUAAACGUUGUGUUUGGUGUUGGACCGACAUCAAUUGAAAUGAUUUCUCAAUCUGGCUUAGAAAAAGUGUUGCUUGUUAUACUAUUUUUAAUUUUAAUUUUUAUUGUAUCACUGUUCAUUUAAAAUGAAAUUUACUUGUCCGAAA